GAGAAUCUGUAUAUGAAUGAAUGCGGAGGACUUCCUCCUGCUGCACUAAAGUCUAAAGCCGAAGCCGUGAAGGUUGAUUAGUAAUAGUAGAAAUGGGAGAGGGGAAACCAGUCCCUCUGCAGUCUAUGAUGCUCUUGCCCUUGUUCAUCAUAGCUUCUUGCCUCACCUCUCAGCUCUCCGCUUCUCAUGAUACGAUCUUUUACGAGUCGUUUGACGAAGCAUUUGAUGGCCGCUGGAUCGUGUCUACCAAAGAAGACUACAAAGGUGUAUGGAAGCAUGCCAAGAGUGAGGGACAUGAUGACUAUGGGCUUCUUGUGAGUGAGAAUGCUAAGAAGUAUGCUAUAGUGAAAGAACUUGAGGAGCCACUGAGUCUUAAGGACAAAACUGUUGUCCUACAAUUUGAGACUCGCUUCCAAAAUGGACUUGAAUGUGGUGGUGCAUAUCUAAAAUACCUCCGAUCUCAAGAGGCUAGAUGGGAACCCAGAGAAUUUGAUAAUGAGUCUCCUUACUCUAUCAUGUUUGGACCUGACAAAUGUGGAUCCACAAACAAGGUGCACUUUAUCCUCAAGCAUAAGAACCCCAAGAAUGGGGAUUACAUGGAGCAUCAUCUCAAGUAUCCACCAUCUGUCCCAUCUGACAAACUAUCUCAUGUAUACACGGCCAUUUUGAAACCUGAUAAUGAGUUGCGCAUUCUGGUUGACGGAGAGGAGAAGAAGAAGGCGAAUUUCCUUUCAAAUGAAGAUUUUGACCCACCAUUAAUUCCUCUCAAGUCAAUUCCAGAUCCUGAUGACAAAAAGCCUGAGGACUGGGAUGAGAGGGAAAAAAUUCCUGACCCAGAUGCAGUGAAGCCAGAUGAUUGGGAUGAGGAUGAACCCAUGGAAAUUGAAGAUGUGGAAGCUGUAAAACCUGAAGGAUGGCUGGAUGAGGAGCCUGAGGAGAUAGAUGAUCCCGAUGCAUCAAAACCAGAAGAUUGGGAUGAUGAAGAGGACGGUGAAUGGGAGGCUCCAAAGAUUGAAAAUCCUAAGUGUGAGACAGCUCCUGGUUGUGGCGAGUGGAAGAGGCCAAUGAAGAGGAAUCCAGCUUACAAGGGAAAAUGGCAUGCUCCUCUCACUGACAACCUGAAUUACAAGGGAAUUUGGAAGCCCCAGGAGAUACCGAAUCCCGAUUAUUUUGAACUUGAAAAACCUGAUUUUGAGCCUAUUGCUGCCAUUGGUGUUGAGAUUUGGACAAUGCAAGAUGGUAUAUUAUUUGACAAUAUUUUGAUAGCAACUGACGAGAAGACUGCGGAGUCCUACCGAGAGACUGCGUGGAAGCCAAAAUUUGAUGUAGAGAAAGAGCAACAGAAGGCUGAGGAUGCAGCUGCUAGUCUUCCAGAAGGUCUCUCUGGCUUCCAGAAGAAGGUGUUUGACCUCCUGUACAAGAUUGGGGACAUUCCUUUCUUGAGCGCAUACAAGCUUCAAAUUUUCGAUCUCAUUGAAAAGGGAGAGAAGCAACCAAACUUUACCAUCAGCAUCCUUGUCUCCUCUGCAGUUGUUAUCUUGACAGUUUUGUUUAGGAUCAUUUUUGGUGGGAAGAAGCCAGGGAGUGUCACCAAAGACGCCAAUGGCACUGGGGUGGUUGAGACUUCAAAUGAUGAAGCAACCAACCAAGAAAAGGAAGCAGAGAAUGAUAAGGAAGUUGCUACUGCUCCUCGCAGGAAGCCUCCUAAUAGACGUGAAAAUUAGGGGACGGAAAAUUAGAAAGCAGAGAAGAGAGGCUACUUGUUCAACUUUGGUCAAUUUUUACCGGUGUCAUUUCCUAGGCUCAAAUCUUGUUAGAGAUCCUGUCAAUUUGUUCUUUUCUUUUUUAAAGCUUGGUUUUCUAAAUUUGAAGUUGCAUGUUAGUGUAAAUCAGGUUGUCAUGUCAGGCUGCUGUUUCUUUUCCAGCGCUAUUAAGUAAAGAUCCAUUGGACGAGUGAAAGAUUAGGAAGCUUGUAAAUUUUGAAAAUACCUGGUGAAACAAGAUGAGUAGAGCAGUUCCUGCUUCAAAAUUAUAAGACACAAAAGGGUAUCUUUUAUA